AUGGCCUCGUUCCGGCAUGCCGACUACACAGUCGCAUGGAUCUGCGCCUUGCCACUAGAGAUGGCAGCUGCAAAACUCAUGCUGGACAAAGUACAUCCUUCAUUAUCCCAGCCUCUCACCGACCACAACGUCUAUACACUGGGGAGUGUUGGCAGUCACCAUGUUGUCCUGGCCUGUCUUCCAUCGGGAAUCUAUGGGAUUACAUCCGCGGCGAUUGUGCUUGACCAAAUGCUGUUGACGUUCCCUGCUGUCCGCUUCGGUCUCAUGGUGGGCAUUGGUGGUGGUGUACCCAAUACAAGGACUGAUGUCCGCCUUGGAGAUGUAGUCGUUAGUACGCCAACUUCUACUUCGACCUCUGGGGGCGUCAUCCAGUAUGACUAUGGAAAGACUCUCGAUGAUGGAUCUUUUCAGCACACUGGGUCGCUGAACAAGCCUCCCCGGUAUUUGUUGACGGCGAUAUCCCAAAUUCGGAGUGAGGAUAUGGUCAAAAGCAAUCCGGUUGAGAAAACAAUAUCGGAUAUACUGCAGAAAGACGACAAAAUUCGAGGUCAAUUUUCACGGCCGGAUGAUGACUGGCUGUUUAAGCCCAAUUAUCAUCAUCGGAAAAGUGACGAUACCGACUGUUUAGCAUGCGACAAGACGCAAUUGGAACACCGGGGGCCACGCGACCUCAAGCCAUUUAUCCAUUACGGGCUGAUUGCUUAUGGAAAUCAGGUAAUGAAAGACCCUGGGAGAAGAGACGCUAUAGCACAGGACAUGGACAUUCUGUGUUUCGAAAUGGAAGCCGCUGACCUGAUGGAUCAGUUGCCAUGUCUUGUUAUUCGGGGGAUCUGUGACUACUGCGACUCGCAUAAGAAUAAACAAUGGCAGGGAUAUGCAGCCCUUACUGCAGCGGCCUACGCAAAAGCUCUCCUCGACUUCCUGCCUGCGGAAAACAACAAUGCGAAUAAUUUUGGGAAGGAACGAGCCCACUGGAUAGCACCAUCGCUAGGAAACAUCGAGCGCAUCAAAGGAGUUCUGCAACCCUCCGUCCACGGACUCGACAUGUAUCAGAACAUUAGAAAGCGGCGGGUUUCGGGCACUGGAGACUGGGUCUGCAACGAGUUGCUAUUCCGGGCCUGGAUUGAAAAGGAUGAUAACCCGUUAUUGUGGGUGUCCGAUAGUCCAGGAUGUGGCAAGAGCUUUAUCGCGCAGAACGUCGUCGCUCACCUUGAGGAGCAGUUUUCUGAUCAUACUUCGGUCGGAUAUUUCUUUUUCAGACAUAAUGAUCCCGAGACCAGGAAGUUUCAGUGUGCGUUGAGAAACAUUGCGUUUCAGGUCUAUCAGAGCGACUCUUCAUACAGGGAUUAUGUGGAUGGCCACUGCCAUUCGCCCGACGACAUAAAAUCCAUCCAGGCGGCAUGGAGGGUUCUAUUCAUGAAUUAUUUUGUCAAUGCAGGAAAAAGUCCGACUAGGAGAGUGAUGAUUGUCCUCGAUGGUGUGGAUGAAGCGCUUGAAGAGGACUGUCGAGAGUUUCUAAGGCUGGCGGCAGAGCUCGUACACGGUCCUAUAAAGUCUCCCAUCAAACUUGUUCUUCUAGGGAGACCAGAAAUAUACGACGACCUGGUGGAAGCGUUAGAACAAUCCAUUCCAACCAUCCAUGUCAACGCCAACAAGAACAUCGCGGAUAUCACAACCUAUGUCCGUAAGAGCACCCGCAAGUCCCGGUCCAUCAGCCGUGUAUCGAGGGCACAGCGCGAGACAAUCGAAGAAUUCCUGAUCGAUAAGGCGGAGGGCAUGUUCCUUUGGGUCGACCUGAUGCUAGCCGAGCUUAACGGGAAAACCAGAGCUAGCAGCAUGCUUGAAAGCCUUCGAAAAGCCCCGAAAGGCCUCGAUGCGAUACUGAAACACGUCCUGGAGGCAUUUAGCAGCAGACUGACCGAGGAGGAGGCAACCGACCUCAAUAUCAUUCUGGCCUGGGUGGCAUGUGCAGAAAGACCGCUGACAUUGAAUAACCUAGACGAGAUACUUCGAAUCGAAUUGGGAACUGAUGAUAGUAAACUAGGCUUGGAGGACGCUUUACGUACACAGUAUGCGUCGCUUUUCGUGCUCAAUCGUGAGGACGGCUUGACGACAGCAGAUUUGUCCGAUGCGUCAAUAAGAGGGUUUACACAGCUUCAAAAUGACGACUCGAUUGAAGACAGUGACUCUUCCAGCGAGUUGGGACAGGAAUUCAAUUCCAACAAGGAACGAACCACAGUGGUCUUCUGCCACGCGUCAAUUCGCGACUUCCUGCGGAACCCUCGCCACGGAAAGGUAUCAGCAGAGGAUUGCUCAACACCUGUUGGUGUUGAUAUCGUGCACGCGAGUGUGGAUGCCUUGAAUAUAUGUUUAUUGAAAAUAGCUGCAUCUGAAGGUCCUACCACGUCGAGUGUGCGUGACUACGCACUUGGCGAGUGGGUGAACCAAUUAAGGCAUGUUUGCGAACACUUGGACAAUAUUGAUCGAAAGCAGAAACACAAAACGAUUGUUCUAUUUUGCCAAAUCUUCAGGAGCGCGAAUCUGGAAAUGUUUCGCACAGACGCCUCAAUACUCCCAGUUGUCGAGUUUAUCGAUCGUGAGACUACAGAUUUGAUUGUCUCUCUUUUCGCCGAUGAGAAGUGUGUCGAUAGCAUUGAGGACACUGAUAUGAGGGAAUGGAUUCGAGCCUGUGUUCAAGAGCCUGCUCAGCUAUUCGUGCCAUUAGCUCGUGAAGUGGCUAGCAGAUGGCUCACAGGCUCUUGGGCUCCAACUUUCUGCAUGUCUGUGGUUUGGGAGGUCCUCCUUGUACUUAAUGGAGAGAACCCACGCGACAUUGCAACAGGCCCCGUGUCUGCCGAUACCGUCAUAACUGUUGCUAGGUGGGCGCAGCUUGAGGAAAAUGCGCACUGGCAUGAUCGUGUCGCGGGCUGUCUUGGACAACUGGGACAUGUCGACGAGGCCAUCGAGCACCUGAAUGGCGCGCUGAAACUGGAGGCAACAUGGGAUAUCAAAAAGAAUCUUGCCGUGGCCUAUGCGAUGCAGGGUCGAUUGGAAGAUGCCAUCCCGCUGUUCAGCGAGUGCGAGGUGCAUUACACACAACAGCUGGUGCAGGAUAGCGAUGACGACAAAAUGUCUGGCCUUAAGAACAAUGAGGCUAGACCCCUCUCUUCGAUCCGGUAUUACCUGGGUGUACUUCAUGUUGAACUGGGAGAUUACCCUAAUGCCCUUCACUGGUUCAUGGAAUGCAUCGAGCUUCGUGAUUCAUUUUACCUCUGCGAGGCUGUGGCUGGGGCUAUUCGUGUUCUCAUUGCAAUGCAAUUCUUGCAAUACGAAAGAAUCAUGGAGCUAGCCAGGAAAAUAGACAGGGAACCCGGGGCUUGCGAUGAGAACGGGUUAGUUAGAGUUUUCGAGGACAACUUUGGUCGUUGGGGCCAUCGUCACCGUUGGGAUAGCUGCCAGCUUCCUUUGAUAUUUGCUGUGUCCGCAAAACGCUGUAACGAACUGCAGUGGCUGGAGGGCAAGUACCAGAGUGCUAUCACCGGAAGAAAUAUGCAGGAUGUUGAGGUUUUAUGCCUGAAGGAGUCCCUAGCUCACUUGUAUGACAGAUUCCUGGGUGACGAAGAUAAAGCCAUUCGGAUCUGGAAGAGUAUCAUAGCCCAACAUAGAGUGCCCGAGUCUUUCCAGUAUGCAAUUUUCUGCAGAGCAAGGAAUCGUGCUGUUGCUGCUUACGCGCGCCGACUCUUAGCUAAUGGUCUCAGAGAAAUCGGAGAUUCCCAAGCUCUCAUUGUCCAGGAGCUAGAGAAGCUUUGCGACAAGGAAAUUGAAUCCUGGUCGACGGAUAACGCUCUGGUCGAUGGCCAGCCAGGCAUUUACAUGGGCGCAUGGCAUCGGCUUCACGGGCGCGAACAAGAGGCCAGGAAUUACUUUAAACCAUAUGUAAUCCAGGCUUUAGCUAGGUGCAAUGACCCAAGGGAUGAAUAUGCUACGAAUACACAGCGUAUCCUUGGACACCUUUUCGCUAUGACUGGCGAUGAUGAAUAUGCCAUAACGCUUCUCCAGAUCAUCCAUAGCCCUCUCGACAUCCGUGCUGGCACUCCCUCUCAGGCAGAGGAACGCAUGGCGUCACCCUGGCCGUUUGUCGGCGAAAGCCACGUUUGGUAUUGUCAUAUCUGCCUUCGAUCAUGGGGGAACUUUGUGAAUUGCAACAUCUGUCGCCUGUGCAGUGCAGAUAUUUGCGAAGGAUGUCUCGAAGGUCUUCAAGCUGGGGAUGCAGAAGGCCAUGCCUGUGAUAGCAGCCAUGAAUGGCUAUUUAUUCCACCGCCGCCGGGUGUGCCUGGUACAUAUCAACUUCGUCGGGAUGGCCAGGUGCUGUCAGUUGAAGGAUAUACGGCCGCUAUCGAGAGAUCCUGGAUGUGA